AUGAGUUCGGCCGCCACACAAGAAACCUUGUCCAAACUAGCAGAACCGCCCAGCGCAGACACAGUUACACUCCUCCUAAAAUGUCAUAAGUCGACUACAUUACUGUCUGUCCUUCCAACAACGCCUUUCGCAGAGAUCAAAGGACUCCUUCUAGCAGCCCUUCAGACACGAGGCAUCACUACUCUACCCAACUCUAUGUCGCCACUUCCUGAAAACGGCGAUGAUCUGGAAUUUGGAGUGCUGGUGGACCAGAAAGAUGCGAGUAAAGGAUGGGUUCCGCUGGAGAUCAAAGAACAGGAGGUGGCAGGAUCCAAAGGAGGCAAAAAGAAGGCGGGAGGCACGAACAACGUUAUGAAUGCAAACCCCGUUGGAGCAGGUCUGAGUGAUGGAUCGUGGAUUGCAUACCGACUCAAAGUGUCGUCUAAGGACAAUCAGACCGAGGAGGUGUUGGAAGAGGGAACCCCAGAGAUUGACAUCCCAGCAGAUAUCGGUUGGGAUGUUGUGCUACCAACAUUUGAGGAUGAGGAGGGGAAUGAGUGA